AUGCUAAGCAGGCUACCGGUGACCAAGCAAGCUGAGCGAGAACAACUAUGGCAGCUGGUCGAUCAGUGGAAUGAAAAUCGACUUGAUUUAUUUAACCUAAGCUAUCCAACAGAGGAUCUUGAGAUUCAUGGUGUUAUGCGAUUCUAUUUUCAAGAAUCAAAAGAUAAAGUAUUGACGAAAUGUAUUCGUGUUUCCAGUACAGCAACAGCCCGAGCAGUUAUCAGUGCAUUGGUCGACAAGUUUCAUCCUGAUUUGAAAAUGCUUAGUGAUCCAGAAUAUACUUUAUGGGAAGUUCAUGAAAAUGGCGAUGAACGAUGCUUAGGACCCAGUGAGAAACCAUUACUUGUACAACUGAACUGGCAUAAAGGUGAUCGCGAAGGUCGGUUUCUGUUGAGGGCACAUCCUAAUACCACUUCUGUCAAGGAUACCGUAGGUAGUUUGAGUGGCAAUCAAAAAAGGUUUUCGAAGAAGGAAGAAAAAGGACUGAAAAAGAAGCAUCAAAAAGCAGUUGAGCAACAAGAGCCAAAGUUACGUGCCUCUGAAGAAUUGUAUAAAGCAUUGCCUCCAACGACAUUUACGCGAACAAUUUCAAAUCCAGAAUUUGUGAUGAAAAAACAACGCGAAAAAAAGAUUGCGGCGAAAUUAAAAGAUUUAGGUCAAGGUGGUAGUUUAAAGAUUUAUGGUUAUGAAUUGGAACCAAGUCGACCGUACGUCACACUUCUUGUAUCAGUACGUGAUACUACAAGUAGAAUUUUGGAGGAAGUAUUGGAAAAAUAUGGUGUCAACAAAAGCGUGGAACAGUAUGUUUUGGUUGAGAUGGUGAUACCAGUCUCUGCGAAGCUUUCCCGUUCAUUAACCGAUUUGCGAUUCUUGAAUACCAGUCGGCGUGAACGAAUUAUGGAUUAUAAUGAAUACCCUUUACUUAGCCUAGCAAAUCGUAUACCAGAUCCGUCGGAGGAAAUAUUUUUUGUUGUGAAACAGCACUCAUCUGAAGUACCAAGACGACAUGCCCGUCACUCGUCAAUAUCAUCAACUGCAGCACUUGGCGUCAGUUACACUGAUCCGCAAAAGUUUUCUAUAGGAACUUCGCAAAUUCUGCGCUUACAAAAUCUAUUUGCUGUCAAACCAUGUCUUUUGCAACUAACUUUAGAUUGUAAAGAAAUCCCUGAAAUGAAGCCAAUACAUCUUCCAUUUGGUGUGAUGGGUAUAGGUUCAGAUCAUUCUAUGGGGUUAUUUCUUGAUGGCCGGUAUAUUAGACCUCGACAUGCAGUUAUCAAUUAUCAAGACGGUGUUGUGACAAUCACACCAUCUGAUCAAAAUGCUUAUGUAGAGGUUGACAAUCAACGUAUUUCUCAAACCAUAGCGCUUCGUGAUGGGAACAUAAUUGGUAUUGGUCACAGCCAUAUGUUUCGUUAUCUUAGUGCUUGGGAUGCUGAGAAGAUGCAUAUGGUUAAUGGAAGCACUAACAAAUUGGAAAUAAUGCCAAGAUGGAAGAGUGCUGAAGCAAGCAGCGUGAAAAGGAUGGAGACAACAUUCGAUAUCGCCGGCAAUAUGAUAUCAACUCCAAUUAAAAAUGUGGAACUGUUAUCAUCGUUCUUGAUUAAUCAUCAUCCUGAUUCAAACAGAAACUUGCAUCUUGGCAUACCACUUCCAGGUUUAGCAGCCCAUAUGAGAUAUAAAUCAACGACUGAUAUUCCAUUAGAUAUUGCUACUGCUACUGCUAAUAAAACAAAUGAAGUAGUAAUUAGUCGAACGAUGUCAUCUGAUUUAUUCAAUCAAAUGUUAGAGUCAUCGUCGGCAAUAAGCGAAGGAGUAGGAAAUGUUUCAACGUCUACUGUAAAUAGGCUUGGAACUGAGAAACCAAUGUGCAUUGCUGAUACUUUACCAGCAUUGGCUGAAGUAAGGGAAGAAGCUGAAGACGAAUUUCUGCAUCGAUUAAUUUGUCCUGAAAGAGAAGAUGCGCAGUUCAAACUUACACCAGCAUAUGUGGUAUACGUAGUUGCACGCCAUCGACUAUUGUUUCCUUCGCAAACGGUUCCAGUUGCUGAUAGCCGCACUCGACUACAACUAUUUUUAACAAAAGCUGCUAAUCGUUUUCUUCUUGUUUCGAAGCAACGACGAUCUCGAGAGUCUCUGGGAUUCUGGCUUACAAAUUCAAGUGAAUUGUUAAAUUUCUUCAAGCAGGAUAUCGAUUUAUCAUUAUUGUCACGUGGUAUGCCUCAACAGAUAUUAGCUGGUUGUGUUGAAAAGACGUUUGAAAUGCUGGGAACAGUAUUAAAAAGUAGUCUAGACAGCACGCUGAAUUCAAUUAGAGAUGCAUUCCUGGAUGAUCGAUCUGCUUCACAUGACAUGGUUAGAAGAUUGGAGGAAAUUAUGUGUUUGUUACGUCAUUGUCGGUUGAAUGCAGCAUUAACAAUUCAAUUAUUCUCACAGUUAUUUUAUUACAUCAAUGUGGUACUCUUUAAUUGGCUUGUAUCUUCGUCAGGCAUACCUUAUUGCAGUCGAGCCUUCGGUGUUCGACUGCGAACCCGCCUUGGUCACGUGAAUGAAUGGGCCUAUCGGCAAGGACUGGAAUUGGCAGCUGAAUGUCACAUGGAUCGUAUCAAUCAAGCAAUAAUUCUUCUUGUAACACCAAAAACCGUUGAUCAGAUUAGCACUUUGGGUGCCACUUGCUACAAAUUAAACAGUGUACAGGUACGUUGGUUCCUUGAGCAUAUAGUGCUAGAUGUUGGUGAAGAGCCAGUCUCAAAGGAGCUAGUUGAAAGUAUUGUACGGCUUGCGGAAAUACAUGCAGAUGUGAUGGCAGCACAAGAUGAAACAUCCAUACAACUUGAAGAAGAGCUACAGCUGCAACUGCCAUUCCUUCUUCCUCAGGAUGGCUAUUCUCCAGAUCUUAUUCGUGGACUUUCUCCCGCUUUUGCUGAAGUAAUUAGUGGUUUGCAAGCGCAAGGUUUAUGUCGUUUCUUUCCGCAAAACCAUUCCUCAGGCAGUUGGACAGUUUAUUUGAAAGCUAGAUCUCCUACUGAAGAACCCACAAAAAUGAUCGGCUCACUACAAAGAUUGAAGUUUUCGUUGCAGAAGAGAGAAUCGAUCAAUUCAGAAAUGGGAACAUUACCGAACAAUUUGCAUGAACAAAUGUCGGUGUCCAGUGUAAAUUCACUAUCCAAAAGAGAACUACAGUCGGAGAUUGUAAUGGUCAGUAUUAAUCGUGGUACUGGUGGAAUCGGGUUAAGUAUUGUAGCUGCUCAGGGGAUCGGAGAACGUUCCAUUGGUAUUUAUGUGAAAAAAGUUGUGGACGGCGGUGCCGCGCAUCGGGACGGCCGUCUUGAAUCUGGAGAUCAACUGCUUUCUGUCAAUGGCCAAUCACUUAUUGGCAUCAGCCAAGAAGAGGCGGCAUCGAAAAUGUCUUCGAGUGGACCGAUCGUAUCGUUUGAGGUAUACAAACAUGCCGCGCGAUACAAUGGUCUUUACGAAUGGUUAAAUAAUCCUCCACAACCACAAGUACCAUCAUCAGGCAUUCAUUCUAUUAUGCAGACAGGUCAACUACCUUCUUCUGGUCAACAGUCGACCAUUCCGAACUUUUCGGAAAACGUAGCUGUUAAUGCUUCUGCUAACAUUCAGCGAUUUUCACGCCAGAAUUCAGCUACGUCUAUGACUUCUAAUUAUUCCAGUAACGCUUACUUCAACUUAAUGAAACCUGCACAUAACGGAUAUCCAGGAACGAUGACUAAUAAUACUCGGACACAGCCACAACAUGGCUCUACUACUACAACCAAUCAUCAACCCAUCAAAAGUCGUUCGGUUUCAACAUCUGACAUUUAUCAGAAUCCGGUUGAUAAAACAUUGACAGUAUCCCUGACAUCGUUGCAGCCAUCUUCUAGCGGUACCACUGUUCCAACACACUGUGAAAAAUAUCAAACAAGUACAACAAACUCGCAACGCAGUACCAUGCCACCUCAUUAUCGGAAUAUUCGUCCUAUUGUUAUACAACCUUCACGUCUCACACUGUCACCUACUGUGCGUCAACAGCAGCAGCAGUACCAUUCACGAUCACAUUCUCCAUCUCAUCUUUGUGCUAACUCUGCUUUACCCUCUUCCAAUCAUUACCAUAAUUCAGCAUUGAAAAAUGCUCUACCAUCCGAACUUGUUCUGUCAAGUACAUCGUCGUCACCGAUUACCGACUAUGCAAACCUACCCUUGAUCGAAGAUCAUCAUUCUACAUUCGAAUCAUCUUAUUCUUCUACCUCUUCGCGGAAUAUUCUUCCAUAUCAACGUCCUUUUCCACACAAUUCUACUCAGCAACAAUUUGAGGCUUCACGAACUAUUAACACAAAUCCUACAUUACGUGAACAAAAUUCGGUUGCUUCCUCAUCAUCUCACGAUUCUGCUCGAUCAUCGGUUGUUGUUACAGCGCAAGAAUCAGGAAUGAUGAGGGAUAACUGUCCAGGACGUCGGUUCACAAAGAAAGCACCACCCGUACCGCCGAAACGUCAUAUCACCAGGCGAGAUGAGUUGAAUGAGCAGUUGGAUGAGCUUGAAUCAAAAGGUUCGGCAAUGACUGAAGCAGAUCAUCAAAAAUAUCGUGAGCUUGUUAACGAGCUUGCAAAAAUUCGCAUACCAUUUUCGAUUGAAUCAAAUUCAAACAAAAACAUCGCUGAACGAGAGCAAUCAAAAUCUGUAUCGCCAGAGAUUGUUAUUUCUUCCAGAGAGGGCGAUUAUUGCUUUGAAAAGCCAAAAAACUUACCAAUAUCAGAAAAAUGUGAAAAAACAUCAAUAAAAUUAGAAAUGAACGUGGUCGGAAAAAUAGCUGAGCAGCAGAAGCAAGAUAUUCCUGCAGAGAGAUUGACCAAUGAGAACUUCGACGAGACGACAAUGAAGAAAAAGGGAGUACAGUGGGAUGACAAAGUUGCAGAAAAUCUCGGGCGGCAAGAUUCAGACAAUGAUAGUAAACUUAUUUAUGAAGAUGACGAUCAACAGGAACCAAGAACUCAAGUGCUUGGUACCCAUGAAGUAUAUCGAGAUCCACGACAGGUACGUCUCAUUGAACUGGAAGCAAAGCAACAUGCAGCAAAAGAAGCAAAGAUUGAUGGUUCCAAACUAGGAUUCCGCGAUAAAAUGCAACUAUUUGCGGAUCAAAUCGGUGAGAAAGCUUUGAAGAAUCGCUACAAAGCAUCCACUGUACAGCGUGAAAUCGAACAAACAAUGGAUGAUUUAUGA